GCGAGUCCAAGUCGGGAUCGCCCGAGCGGAAGGACUCGAGCGGCCGACCGGAGACAGCGGCAGGCCGGCGGCAUCGGCGGAGGAAGGAGAUGCUGGGCUCGGUCAAGAUGGAAGGUCAGGAGGCUCCGGACUGGACUUGCUUCUACGGCGAAGAGGUGUAUUCUCCCAUGGCGGCGGGUCUCGGAAUGGGUUCGGUGUCAGGCUACGUGUCGGCCGGCGGUGGCGGGGCUGCCGCCUUCAACAUGCCUUACGGCGGGCCUGGCGUAAGCCCCGCCCCUGUGUCGGGGAUGGGCGUGUCCUGCCUGGGCGGCGGCGGAAUGGGAAGCGCAGUGAGCCCGUGCGGCAACGCGGGUCAGGCGGCAGCGCAGCAUCACUCUGUGUACGGAAGCGGCGGAGUCAGUCCCGGGGCCCAGUACGGGGGCGGCGGCUUGAGUUUGACCCGGGGCCGUGACGCCAAGCCGCUGAGGCGCAGCUACCCGCACGCCAAGCCACCGUACUCGUACAUCUCGCUGAUCACCAUGGCCAUCCAGCAGGCGCCCGGCAAGAUGCUGACCCUCAGCGAGAUCUACCAGUGGAUCAUGGAGCUUUUCCCUUUCUAUCGCAACAACCAGCAGCGUUGGCAGAACUCCAUCCGCCACUCGCUGUCCUUCAACGACUGCUUCGUCAAAGUGUCCCGUUCGCCCGACAAACCCGGCAAAGGCUCCUACUGGACGCUGCACCCCGACUCGGGGAACAUGUUCGAGAACGGCUGCUACCUGCGCCGCCAGAAGCGCUUCAAAUGCGACAGGAAGAGCCUAGCGGAGGGCAGGAAGGAGCGCGAGUCCGGCGGUGGGUCACCCUGCGCCGACGCACUCAAGCCCCCAGGACUGGCCCGGGGGUCCCCGCUGCCCUCAUCCAGCCGAUGCUCGCCGCCCGGCCCCGAGGGCGGCAAGCUGCCGGGCCCUCAGCUACUGUCCACUCUGUGUUUGCCCCCACACGGCAUGGAUCUGAAGGGCGACGCCCACUACGCCUUCAACCACCCCUUCUCCAUCAACAACCUGAUGUCGUCCCCGGAGCACCACAAACUGGACCUGAGGGCCUAUGACGCCUUGCAGUACACGUCUUACGGCAGCGCCGGUAGGGGCGGCGACCCGCUGGAGGUGCCCUACUACCAGGGGGCUUGCGGCAGAGCACUGCUCAACACCUCCUAGGUCUUUGGGAACUGGAAAAUGUGCGGGUCAAACACACAUUCAGCAUUUGAAUGAGGAAAAAUGUGGAAAAAGGAAGAACAAAAUUGGCAUUGACUGACGUUUUCUUGCCUUUUCACCCUCUUUCCCCCAUGCAUCAGUAGUCCCGUGCUCCAAUACGAAGUUAUGAGGGCCUCAACUGAGACCACGACAGUCGCGUCUCCUAGCCCACCGCACAGACACCCUCAAGCUAGGCUUGUCACAACAACAAUCUUUACGACGAUAUAAUUUCCCAGAAACUAUUGCGAUAAAUAGUAACACAGAUGUUUUUAUGCCCAUCCGACAUAUUACGAAAUUCGUAGAAAUGAAUCAUCACUGAACGUGAACGUCAUGAAAAAUUAGAUUUUGUGAUUCGACGAGCUAUCAAUGUUGAUGACACAUGCUCUGAAAAUUAAACCGUUGGCCAUUUUGUAUAUCAAACAACACAGUCAAUAUAGUAAAAACUAUUGUCGGCAAUUUUUUUACAGGACAAUCAGUCCAUAAAGUAAAACCUAGUGUCGGCCAUAUUGCAUAUCAGGACCAUAAGUCAAAAACCAUCCUCGUCCAUUUUAUAAAUCAGCCCAUAUGUCAAUAUAGUAAAAACUAGUAAAACUAGUAAAAACGCCGUCCAUUUAAUAUACCAGACGAUAAGUCAAUUCAGUAAAAAAUAGUGUUGGCCAUUUCGGAUAUCGGACGAUCAGUCGCUAUAGUAAUUAUCGUGACAGGCCUCCUCAAGCCUCUGGGACCAACAAACCCGUUCCCCCAGCCCUCGUCCUGUCCAGUCCAGUCACAACUCCUCACUGUACUGUGAGGGCCUUAGGGGCCACCCACUACAUCUUCAACCACAUGGUUCUCAACAAAUGAGAUUUAAGACUUAUCAAGAGCACUUAGAAAAGAAUUAAAUCCCAAUUCUGCAGCACUAUUUAAAAAGGAAGGAAUUUAACUCAUUGGCUGCCACUGACGGCGGCUGACAUCCAGUCCAUUUGGACUACAAAGCCACAUGGAUUGCACCUCUACCGCCGUCAUUGUGUUUUUAAUGUCGAUUUUCUCCUUCUUUUACUAACUGCAACAACUCCUACACUGUGAAUACUUUACAUAAACUUGCGUUGGCAGUGAAUGAGUUAAGUACCGACCAGUUGCAAUUCAUUUCAUCAAAAUGAGUACAUUUAACACUUUAAGGUCCCCAUUUUCUUUUUAAAUUCCAAAAAACCAUCAUCAUGUCCAAAUUUCCUAAAAGGUUAAUCCCUCCCACAUUCAAAAAAAAAAAAAAAAAAAAAAAAAAAUAGACAUGGUGUUUGAAAAACAAAGGCAGCUGCGCGUGACGACUGAUUAUUGAUCAAGAAUGUGAUGAAGAUCAAUACAUGUGCAUGACGCUUACAAAAACUUCCAGCAGGUGGAAAGAAAAUAAA